UAUGUUAAUUUUAGCCUUUUCGUACAUCUGGACCGCUCGCUGUUGGGAUUUAUGUUAAAUGAGGCGUGCAGCGCAUAUUGAGAUGUUGCCAUGGUUACCAAGGGCCUUCAAACACAACAUGAACAGUGCUCGAAUAGCAAAACAGCUUCAUUGACUGAAGUGAUACUUGAACCUAAAAUCCCCCCCAAAAAGUGAUAUAAGAUUUAUCCACAUCUAACGUCAGAGGUUCAUUUGAACUUGAGAAAAUGUACAAAUUGGAUUUGCCUGUUGACCAGACCGAAAUGAAGGCUGCGGAGAGGCGAAGGUCUGCAGAGACCACACGGAAGGCCCGGAUCUUCAACACCCGGCAUCGUGUGAUGGGCAUCGAUGUUGAUGCUCUCAACCAACAGGUCCAGGAGAAAAAGCAUCAGCAGAACAUGGAGAUGCAACGGGACAAAGCUUUUGAUAAGCUGAGAAAGUAUCACAGUGAUGCUCUGCUGCAGCAAGACAUUUAUGAAGAAGAGAAGCGGGCAGCUUUGCACACUGACCUGACCCGGUAUUGGGCCACUCAUCAGCGUGUGGAGGACUCUCGAGAUGCUGAUCUCAAGUGUGGCCUGAAGGGGGCAUUCAGCAUCACUAUUCCAGAGGGCGAGCUGGGGCCUGCCAGUAUGCAGAUCUUUCAGGGAGAGGGAAUUGGAGAGGAGCAAAAGAGGAGAGAACAAAUGAAGAUGACGGAAAGAGAUCUGCGAACACAGAAGGAAUUAAACGAGAGAAAGCACAUGGGAGACAAGCACAGAGAGAUGCUCGUGAGCAAAGAGCUGGUGCUUCAGGACCUUAGGGGGGUUCAGCUGCAGGCACUCGAGGAGGAUUGUAAGAAAGCUGCCCGCAUCUCGCUUGACAACUACAAUAGAGCUCUGGCUACAGAGCAGGCAGAGACACUGAAGGAGCAGUGCAGGAGGGAGGAACGGGAGAACCUUGCUGAGCUGUUGCACACACUGACGUCCGACAUGAUGACAGAGUGCGCAGAGGCAGCGAGGAGAGAGGUGGGAGGAGGGAGGCCGCCCCGGGUCCUCAUAGACAGGUGGAAGGGGAUGAGUCCCGAACAGCUGAGCGCCAUCCACAGGGAGAGAGAAGAGCAGUGUCUUCGGAGACAGAGACAACGUGAAGCUGAGAAGGCUCAGGACGCAGCCAGGGAACUCCAGCUUCUGAGGCUGACCAGAGAAGCAGAGGAGGAGGAGAGGAGAGCAGCAGAGCUCAGGAGGGAGAGGAAUAUUCAGACAGACCGCUAUAAUGUGCAGCUGGCCAGAGAGCAGCAGGCAUAUCAGGAGUACCUGAACAAGAAGCUCUACACCAACAAACCCACCAAGAGCUACUUUAAUCAAUUCAACACCAGCUCCCGCUGACCACCGCAGACCUUACACAGGCUUAUCCUCCUGUGACAAUGUGCUAAUAAAAUCUAUUGAUUGUUGUACUCACA